AUGACUAAAUACACGGUAGCGGCUCUUCAAGUUGGUUCUUGGCCCGGAACCACACAAGAUAUAUUGAAUAAAAUAUUUUCGUAUGAGGAGGAAAUAAAGGAAUCCGGCGCCAAAUUGGUCGUAAUUCCAGAGGCCACAUUAGGAGGCUAUCCCAAGGGAUCCAAUUUUGGUGUUUAUCUUGGAUACAGAUUGCAGUCAGGUAAGGAAGAAUACGCGCGUUAUUUUUCACAGGCAAUUGAGGUCGGAUCAGGAGAUCAGUAUCCAGAAAUUAGCCAACUGUCAUUAUUAUCUAAGAAAACUGGUGCGUCUCUUUCAGUAGGAUGCAUAGAGCGUGAUGGGAGUACGCUUUAUUGUACCAUGGUGUUUAUAGAUCCUGUGAGGGGGUAUGUUGGAAAGCAUCGUAAACUAAUGCCGACUGCUGCAGAAAGAUGUAUCUGGGGACAAGGAGACGGUUCAACCCUCACUGUUGUCGAUAGUGCAGUAGGAAAGCUCGGCGGUGCCAUUUGCUGGGAAAACAUGAUGCCUUUAUUAAGAUAUGCUAUGUAUGCAAAAGGUGUACAAGUAUGGUGUGCGCCAACGGUAGACGCCAGACCUAUUUGGCGAAAUAUUAUGCAAAAUAUUGCGUACGAAGGUAGAUUAUUUGUCGUGAGCGCCGUACAAUUUAUGCCAAAUGCAACUAAAAUGAAAUAUGGUGAUGUUGUUGAUGAGUCCUCAGGGACCAGGAAAUUGCCUGGAUGGCCAUCAGCUGAUGAGAACUGUAUUAAUGGAGGUAGUGUUAUUGUUAACCCCUAUGGCGAGAUCAUUGCCGGGCCAUUGUUGGGUAAGGAAGGUCUUUUAACAGCCGAAAUAGAUACGGACCUAAUCGUAGAAGCACGGUUUGAUCUAGAUCCGGUAGGUCAUUAUGCAAGAGGCGAUGUAUUUGAACUAACGGUUAAUGAAAACCCACAUGGUGUGAAAUUUACAAAAUGA